AUUUCACUUUGUACUCUUCACACCGGAAUUUAUAAAAGAAUUUCUAAUCCUACAUUUAUAUACAAGAAUCUCGCCUCCCCGCCUCUUAUGGAUUCCCAAGAUUUUUCGGCACAGCUUAUGCACCAUCAGCCACAGCACCAUCACGCGCCGCCGUCACAUCCCACCAUGCUCGUCGGCGGUCACCGGCAAACCCAGCUCACUCAACCACAGCACAACAAUUCCUACCCCAACAGUACUGUCACUCCCACAAACACCAACGUUAACAACACCAGUGGUAUGAUUCAGCAUCAGCAAAACCCGAAUGCAAAUUCUAACCCUAGAUUCCCGUUUAACUCGGCUGGUGCGCUGAAACCACUGGAUCAUUAUUCUGAUGUGUCGCCUUCAGCCGGUGCUGGAGGGUUUAAUAUCGAGCCGUCACGGAAAAAAAGGGGCCGACCCAGAAAGUAUUCCCCUGAUAACAGCAUUGGGCUCGGACUUUCACCUACUGCUGCUGCCCAAAACUCAUCUGUGGUUGUUCAUGGGAAUUCCAGCGGCGGUGGGGUUGGGAUCCCAUCUCCGGAAACUUCUGCGAAGCGUAACCGAGGCAGACCUCCGGGUUCUGUAAAGAGGCAGAUGGACGCAUUAGGAGUACCGGGAGUUGGCUUUACACCACACGUUAUUACCGUUAACGCAGGCGAGGAUGUAGCUUCUAAGAUAAUGUCUUUCUCACAGCAAGGACCACGCACUGUUUGUGUUCUGUCUGCUAAUGGUGCCAUCUGCAAUGUCACGCUCCGUCAACCAGCAAUGUCCGGUGGCACAGUAACAUAUGAGGGCCGAUUUGAAAUCAUCUCUUUGACAGGUUCCUUCCUGCUGUCAGAGAAUAAUGGUAACCGCAGUCGAACAGGUGGUCUGAGCGUGUCAUUGGCUGGAUCAGAUGGUAGAGUCUUAGGAGGUGGAGUUGCUGGAAUGCUUAGGGCAGCAUCACCUGUACAGAUUGUGGUGGGAAGCUUUAUUGCUGAUGGGAAACCCCCAAAGUCUGCGCCGGCUUCUGCACCGCCUCCAAAUAUGUUGAAUUUUGGUGCUCCAGUAACCGGAGGUAGUCCUUCCCCAGAUGCCUCCGGUGACUCAUCCGAGGAGAAUGGUGGCAGUCCUCUCAACUCUGGCUCAGAACCUUAUGGUAAUGUUGGCCAGCCAAUUCAGAAUAUUUCGAUGUAUUCAAACAUGGGUUGGCCAAACUCCACCAUCAAAAUGCAUCCCAAUUAACGAACACUAAACUCCUCGGAAUAUUUACAUGUGGUUUCAGCAACACGUCUAGAGGUCGAUUUUAAUGCUAACCGGCAAUUCAUUGGCGCUCUUCCUUCCCAUCUUAGAGUGAAGGUUUACUUCUGCAUAAUCAUUUUCUUCUCUUCUAUAAGCUAUUUUAUCUGUUGGUAGGUUCAUAUGUUCACUUUCAUAUUCAUAUAUGGAUGAUUGAGUGCAAACCUUACCUUGGUGGGCUUUGUUUGCCAUCUUAGUUUUUUCUUUUUCUUUUCAUUUUUAGUGAAACUUCUCUUCUUAUGCCUGAAGUUUAUGUCUUGAAAGCAUAUCGUUUUCAUA